AUGGCCGCAGAGCUCCGUCAUAUCACCUCCAACACCAACCUUGUGAGCCCCGCCCGCGAGCGCAGACUCUCCAACCGCAACUCCCAACUCCUCCGCACACAUCGCCUCGGCUCCCGCUCUCCUUCUUCUAUCCCUUCCUCCCCAACUUCUGUCCAUUCCUCCUCUUCCGCCAUCUUCGAGCGCGACAUCGAGCCCAUCGCGCCGGCCUGCGCGUCCCUUUCCACCCCCACCGACCCCCACCGCAUCCCGCGCGGCCGUAUCACCGAGCAAAUCGAGCACUCUGUUCCCUCCGUCCUCGACUCUGCCGUUGUCGUCCUCACUGCAGAUUCCACAGAUCCGGAUGAGCUCGACUCCAUCUCCAUCAUCGCCCCCGCCCUCCCCGAUGCCGGCUACCGCUCCGGCUUCACCAGCCCCAUCUCCCGCAUGAGCUCCCGCAGCCCCAGCCCCAGCGCACCGCCGCACCGCCGCAGCCUCCUCCUCAGCGCGAGCCCGCCCCAGAGUACCUCGCCCCUGACUGCUUCCCCGCCUCUGCGCCCCACCGUGCACACUGUCAACGCGACCGCACCCGCACCCGCGCAUGUGCACGCCCUCGGCCCCCCCGCGACGCCGACGUCCGCGUACUUCUCCGCUGCGUCGAGCUCGCCCCCGUCCGGUGCUAGCUCCGCCUCGUCCUCGCCGACCACCGCGACGCACACUGAGCACCCCUUGCACACGCUCUCCUCGCCGUCGACCGCCGCGUCCUCGCCCGCCGCGGCCACCCCGGCGACGGUCACGGUCCCCCCGCCCGCAUCGCCCCACACGUACGCGUACGCGCACCCGCCGUCGCCCGCGCACACGAACAAGCGGCUUUCGUUCCUCUCGUACAUGGACCUCCUCAGCAGCACCCCCGCGAGCACGCUCCCGCUGAGCAGCCUCACGGGUGCGAGCGCCGCUGAUCCGCCGCACCUUCCCAGCGUGCUCGGCCUCCCGCAGGCGCAGUACGCGGCGAGCAGCGCCGCGGGCAGCGUGUUUGGCGGAUGUGGCGCGGGCGCGGGCGGGGACAACAUGCUGGACGACGUCGGCGGUGAGUGGGAGCGCGAGGGUCUCGGAAGGGGCCUUGAGGAGCGCCUGGAGGCGCUGAAUGCGGCGCCGUCGGUCGUGCAUGGGCGCGCCUAG